UCUCGGUUGAAAAUGAACAAAAAUGAAGCAGAAUUACAAAAGUUAGAAAACUGAAUCAAGUGAAAUAAAGUCAGCCAUAGUAAAACAAAACAGAAAAAUGAAGAACUCGAAGAACAUGUGUUGCUAAUGUGACAGGAAAUGAGAAAUGUAAAUAAUUUUAUAUUCGCUAGAGCUUUUCAAACUGUGCCGCAAGCCAUAUGAGCAAUGUUGCCCCGCCAAUAUCACGCCCCCUCACAAACAGCUGUUCCGGAUCGACAGCUGGCCAACAGCUGACCGGGAGACUUUGGACGAAAUGCGACAUUUCCAGCCGGUGCGACGGCUGUUGAGCCUGGGGGGCUGGAGGAACCCGAUUAGAAAACUCAGUGUUAAGAGUGAAGCACAGGCUCGGAAAAGUGGCCUUCCUCUGGUCCGGUUAGGGCUCCUUGCGGCCGGUGCAGGUGUCAUUGGCUAUGACGGGAUCGUAAACGACUUCACAUACUGCGGCGCCUCCGUCCGCUUUGUUCGCUCCCUGAAAACUGCCGGAAUGAUUGCCUUCGAUUACCUGCAGCUUAAGGAGGACGAUGCGGAGUAUGCGGCGAAGAUAAAGGCUAUCCACCAGAAGAGCGCCGAACGCUUACUGGAGACGUGCCUGCUGAAUGGCGGCUUAUACAUCAAGGUGGGCCAAGGAUUCGCCGCCAUUAACCACAUUCUGCCCGUGGAGUACACCACCACGCUGUCAAAGCUGCAGGACCGUUGCCUGCCCACUUCCAAGGAAGACGUGGAGAAAGUAUUCCGCAAGGACUUUGGCCAGCUGCCCGAGGAGAUCUACAAGGAAUUUGACUAUAAGCCGGUGGCGGCCGCUAGCUUAUCGCAGGUAUUCAAAGGCAAGUUAUCCAGCGGGGAGCAGGUGGCGAUCAAGGUGCAGUACAACGAUUUGCAGAAGCGCUUUAUUAGCGACCUGGGCACCAUCAUCUUCCUGCAGGAUAUUGUCGAGUUCUUCUUCAAGGACUAUAACUUUGGCUGGAUCUUGAAUGACCUGCGAAAGAAUUUAGUUCUGGAGAUGAACUUUGUGCAGGAGGGCCAGAACGCCGAGCGAUGCGCCAGAGAUAUGCUAAAGUUUGACUUUGUCCACGUUCCCAAGGUCUACUGGGCGCAUACCAAAACGCGUGUGCUUACCCUCGAGUGGAUAGACGGGUGCAAGAUUAGCGAUCUGGAGACAAUUGCAGCACAAAAGCUCAGCCUGAAGGAUAUCGAUGUUAAGCUUUUUGAUACGUUCGCCGAACAGAUCUUCCACACGGGCUUCGUGCACGCCGAUCCUCAUCCAGGAAACAUCUUUGUGCGACGCAAUAGUAGAUCUGGACGAGCGGACAUCAUCCUUCUGGACCACGGCUUGUACGAAGAGCUGCCGGAAAAUGUGCGUGGACCGCUCUGUGAGUUUUGGGAGGCCACCGUGCUACGCGAUGAGGCAAAAAUGCAAUCGGCCGCCGAGAAGAUCGGGAUAACUGACUACAUGCGCUUCGCCGAGGUGCUUUUUCAGCAGCCCAUUCGGAUUCGAGGAGGCCGCAUCCGGGGAAAACUAUCGCAGGAGGAUAUUGAUCACAUGCAAGAAAUAGCUAGGAAGAACUUUGAGCAUAUUAUGGGCACCCUCAAGGAGAUGCCUAGGAGUAUGCUGUUUGUGGUGCGGAACCUUAACACCGUAAGAGGGAUAAGCCACCAGCACGGAGACGUAGUGAAUCGACCCCAAGUCAUGGCCCGGUAUGCCCAAAAGUGUGUCUAUAUGGAUCAGAGUCGUAGUUCGCCGCUGCAGUACAUCCGAUGGCUGAGUCGUCGCAUCUACUUCGAGUACUGCCUGUUUUUGUCCGCUUUCAAGCUGCGUGUUCUGGAUUGGUAUUUUAACGUUCUUUACCUAGUGGGUCGGGCUCCGGCCUCGGCCAGGACCGUAAUGCGCGAUAUGAUGACACCACCGACCGACACGGCUAUGCUAAGAUGAUUCCCUGAGUCACCAGUCUUUUAUACCUCUAAAUCAUAAGUAGUAAUAUGGGUUUUUAUAGGAAAAUUGUUGCAUUCAAAUAUUCCACGUACUCAAUCAAAAUAUCUUUUUUAUAGAGGCUAAUAUUGAAUUUGAUUGAGAAGCUGUUGUAAAGUAAUAAAAUAUAUAUUUUAACA